GUGUUUUCCUGGUAGAGUUCAUUCGUGGGAGAGCAACAGGCAAUAUGUUCAGACAAGCUAAAAGAAGGACUGCUGGUAGAAGAAACUUCGAGACAUCCAAGGCUGCUUCGAUCUACCAAUCGACUCCAGCAUCGACAAAGUUAUAUUCGUCACGAUUAUCGUUUUAUGAUUUACCACCAUUGGAAGAAAUAACGUUGGAGCAGUUUGAGACGUGGGCAAUCGACCGGUUAAAGAUCUUGAUUGAAAUCGAGUCCUGUGUUGCUAGAGGGAAGUCACUCAAGGAUACCGAAGUUGUUGUUAAACCGUUGUUGUUGAAGUACUUACCAUUAACUGCUAAUAAUGGGUCUAAUGUAGAUACUUCAUUGGAGAGAAAGAAAGACCAUUAUUCACAUUAUAUCUUGAGAUUGGUGUUUUGCCGUACUGACGAGCUCAGAAAGAAAUUCAUUAAAAAUGAAACGAUUUUAUUCAAGAUUAGAUAUGGGUUACUUUCGCCAAAAGAACAACAGGAAUUUAUAGAAAGUUAUAGUGAUAAGCUACCAUGGCAGUAUAUUGGAAAUGAAGAAAAGUUACAAUUGUUUGAACAGUUAUACACCGCAACCGGGCCAACGAUUAGAAAUACGUUGAUUGUGGAAAAUUCAGCCGACCCAAAUUUUUCAAUUUCAAAUGAACAAUUAAAACAACAUAUUAAGACGAGAGAGAACUUUAUUAAAUUACCAUUUGAAAAAGUACCUAGUUUGGUCAGCCAAAGACAGGUUUAUUUGAAAGCAGGUUUUGCAUAUAUUCCAUCAACAUUACAAUUGAGUUUAUUAUCAAUUGAAUUUCAAGAUUUAUUAUCGAGGAAUUUGUUAAGAACUUUUCAAACUUUACCUCGCUUGGAAGAAGAUGAUAGAAUCUUACCAUUACUCACUAACUUAUCCACCAAUUUCUCAAAUAUUCAAUACGAUAGUGCUUCAUUUGGUACUGAUCCAUCUCUCAUAUCUGAUAUUAAUUCGCAAUCGAUAAUAACACCAACUAUCAAUAAGCAUUAUCCAUUGUGUGGAUCCCAUUUACAGAAAAAUUUAAUAUUAAACUCCCAUUUGAAAUAUCAAGGACGUCAACAAUUGGGGUUAUUCUUAAAAGGUAUUGGUUUAAAUAUCGAUGAAGCAUUGAAGUUUUGGUCAUUUCAAUUUACUAAAGGCUCUAAUACAAUGACAAUGGAAAAAUUCAAUAAAGAAUAUAAGUAUAACAUUCGUCACCAGUAUGGUUUAGAAGGGGCAAGAACUAAUUAUAAACCUUGGGAUUGUGCAACCAUUUUACUGAAACCAAAACCUUCUAAAGGUGAAUAUCAUGGAUGUCCAUAUCGUGAUCUUUCGUUAGACAACUUGGUUCAUAAUUUGAAUGAAAUGGGGAUCAAUAAUAAUCAAGAUAUUAACGGAAUCAUUGAAGACGUUGGUAAAAACGAUUAUACAAUUGCCUGUACUAAAGUUUUUGAAUUAACACAUAAACAACAAUUGGAAAAAUCAUCUAAUCAAGCCGAAAAUUUACACAUUAAUCAUCCUAAUUUAUAUUUUGAUAGAUCAAGGCAAUUAGAAAAAGCUGAAUUGAAAUCUAAAGGUUCACAACCAGUCAAUUAA